GCCCAGACGCCCCUUACUGAGAGUGCCUGGGAUGCAAUCUUCGCCGCACCGCACAGCUUCCACGAGCCCGAUGCUUGCCACGGCCUUGGAGUCAUCGUCCAUGCUCUCGCGAACACCCAGAAUCUCUUGAAGGAGGACUGGUACCACAAAGCCGUGGAGCAUGUUUGGGCGAUGCUUCAGAAGUUAGGCGAGGUGCCGCCCGAAGCCAAGGACACAGCCCAGGAGCGGCUGUACCGCAUGACCGAGUUCAUUGCCUGUGUGGCUCUGGCAGUGGGCCACCGCACCUUCUACCGCGCCCUUGGCAAGGAGCCAAUCCUCGAUCAACCUCCGCUACCGUCGCCGCGGACCUAUUCAAACAACGGCGCCCCCAUGUUCAAGAGCGCUGAGGAGGUCUCCAGCCGGCUUGCAAAGAAGGAAGGCUGCGGCUGGGGCCCCUGCCUCGACAAGGCAAGCCUCACUCCGGGCCUGAAACUUGCGAAUGGAGAACUUUUGGCAGAUUGCUUUACUUGGCAGCUGCGCCCGCAAGUGCCCACCAGCAAGUGGACCCCAGCCUUGUCCACAGGUGUUGCCUUCUUUGAUUGGGGGAGCUCCCACUACGUGCCCAUCAACCGUGGCCACUUUGUCCUGAACAACCUGUGGCACAAGGCCCCGGGCCGAACCCUGCACCGAGCAGACCUCGAGCACGUGGCGAAGGGAUACACUGGAGCCAUCGCCUGCUCUUACU